UCAUGUGAGAGCUUUUCAGACACGGUCACAGAUUUAACCUCUGAUAGAAACGGUCAUCAGAGUGUUUAAAGCUUGCUGAUACAUCUAAUGUGGUUUUAUUGUGCUUUGUGGGCACUUCAAAACUAUUUUGUGGCCAAAGCCAUCCCUAGGAGUCACAGACAGAGGAGGUUCAUCCCUCCAGCUCACACUGGCUCGGGCCAGCCCUCAGCCCCAAGGCUGAGGAAAGCUUCAAUUGAAACAGCUGCCUAAGAAGGGAGCUCCUUGAGGGAGCUUGAAAGGAAAAAAGGACGGACAAUGGAUCUGCAGAGGGGUGCUGCGCUCCACAGAAGCAGCUGAAGGAGUUCCAACGAGAUUUGAGAGUUUGAUUACAAGCUGGUGAUACUCCUGUUGCAAGGUAUGGCCUCACAAGUCUUGGUCUAUCCACCAUAUGUUUAUCAAACCCAGUCAAGUGCCUUUUGUAGUGUGAAGAAACUCAAACUAGAACCAAGCAGUUGCGUGUACCACGAAAGAACCUACCCGCAAAUCUAUGUGAAUGGUAAAAACUUUGGAAUUUCUCCCCACAGGGUUAGUACUUUCUUUCAGACUAAAAACCCAUUUGAUAGACCUCGAGGACAGAGCUUUUGGUUGCAGUCAAAUGCCGUUGCUUUAAAAAAUACCGCAGGUGCUACAAAAGCGUUGGCAGCGUGGGCGCAGCAGCCGCAGCCGGAGGCGGCCGGGACGCAGGGAAGCCGCGGGGAUCUCCUGGAGGGAGCCCAGCGAUGCGGGCUGAAGCGUAAGAGCGAGGAGCUGGAGAACCAGAGCAGCGCCAUGCAGAUCGUUGACGAGCUGUCCAUCCUGCCGGCCAUGCUGCAGAGCGGCGUGGCCAACCCGGUGACGGUGGUGGCCACGGCCGCCGCCUCCAAGCAGGGCGGCACCGGCGGCGACGGGGAUUACCAGCUGGUGCAGCACGAGGUGCUGUGCUCCGUGAAAAACACCUACGAGGUUCUCGACUUCCUGGGACGAGGGACCUUUGGGCAAGUGGUCAAGUGCUGGAAAAGGGGGACGAACGAGAUCGUGGCAAUCAAAAUCUUGAAGAAUCACCCUUCGUACGUGCGCCAAGGGCAGAUAGAAGUGAGCAUCUUAGCGAGGCUGAGCACUGAGAAUGCUGAUGAGUUUAACUUUGUGAGAGCCUACGAAUGCUUUCAGCAUCGUAACCACACCUGUCUGGUUUUUGAGAUGUUGGAACAGAACUUGUACGACUUCCUGAAACAAAACAAAUUCAGCCCUCUGCAACUGAAAGUAAUAAGGCCUAUUCUGCAACAGGUGGCCACUGCACUGAAAAAACUCAAAAGUCUGGGUUUAAUCCAUGCUGACCUCAAACCAGAGAACAUUAUGUUGGUGGAUCCUGUUCGGCAGCCUUACCGGGUCAAAGUCAUAGACUUUGGGUCUGCCAGCCAUGUAUCAAAGACUAUUUGUUCAACUUAUUUACAAUCUCGGUAUUACAGAGCACCAGAGAUCAUACUGGGAUUGCCGUUUUGUGAAGCCAUAGACAUGUGGUCGUUAGGGUGUGUGAUUGCAGAGCUCUUUCUUGGAUGGCCACUGUACCCAGGAGCACUGGAAUAUGACCAGAUUCGUUAUAUUUCACAGACUCAAGGUUUGCCAGGAGAGCAGUUGUUAAGCAUGGGAACGAAAACUGCAAGAUUUUUCUGUAGAGAAACAGAUGCACCAUAUUCUAGUUGGAGAUUAAAGACAUUGGAAGAACACGAGGCAGAAACAGGUAUGAAGUCUAAAGAGGCCAGAAAGUAUAUUUUCAACAGUUUGGAUGAUAUAGUGCACGUGAACAUGGUGAUGGAUUUGGAAGGAAGUGACCUGUUGGCAGAGAAGGCAGAUAGGAGGGAAUUCGUCAGUCUGUUGAAGAAAAUGUUGCUUAUCGAUGCUGAUUUAAGAAUCACUCCAGCUGAGACCCUGAACCAUUCUUUUGUUACCAUGAAGCACCUCCUUGAUUUUCCUCAUAGCAACCAAGUGAAGUCCUGCUUUCAUAUCAUGGAUAUUUGCAAAUGCCGAUCAAACCUGUAUGACUUAAGCAAUUGCAAUAAAACAUCACUCAUGAGAUCAGUUGCCUCAGGCAGUGCAGCCAACCUGACUGCAAGCUUUUCCAAAAUUGGUCCAGUGAGAAGUCAGGCAUUAACUGCAUCUGCCCACUCAGUUCUGCACCAAGGGAUUCCGCUGCAGGCAGGAACUGCUCAGUUUGGUUGCAGUGAUGUUUUCCAGCAAGCAUUGAUUAUAUGUCCUCCAGCUAUUCAAGGAAUUCCUACAAGCCACAGCAAACCCACCAGUUUCUCCCUGCGGGUGGAUAAUGCAGUCCCACUGGUGACCCAAGCCCACGCCAUUCAGCCACUACAGAUUCGCGCAGGAAUCCUUUCUCAGCAGGCGUGGUCCAACCAGACGCAGCAGAUCCUGGUUCCUGCAUGGCAGCAGGUGGCACCAGUGGCAGCUCCACCAACAUCUCUGCCCUCUGAUCCUGUGGCUGGCCCACAGAGGCUUGGAGAUUGGGGGAAGAUGAUUACCCAGGGCACCCACUACAGCUCAAUGAUACCACAGCCUCUUUUAACACAUCAGAUAACCUUGUCUGCCCCUCAGCCAAUUAGUGUGGGCAUUGCACACGUUGUCUGGCCUCAGCCUGCAGCUACCAAGAGGAACAAACUGUGCCAGAACAGGAGCAACAUGCUACAAAACACCAACAUCCAAAACUCAGCCUUUAUCUCUCCAAAGAUCCUCAACCUGAAGGCUGUCAAGAGGAUAAGCUGUAUAGAAGCACAGGACAAUCUGAACUCGGAGGGGCAGGAGGCCUCUCUGGGGCUGGCCCCUGAGCCCCCUGUCCCCAGCAGCCCCCGCCAGGCGCUGUUCCUGGGCAGCUCCCCCAGCCCCGUCAGCGUCAUCACCAUCAGCAGCGACACCGACGAGGACGACGUGAGGCACUCGCUGAGGGAGUGCAAGGGGAGCCUGGAGUGUGAAGCCUGCCAGAACACCCUGAACAUGGACCGUGUGUGCUCCCUGAGCAGCCCCGACAGCACGCUCAGCACCAGCUCCUCCGAGCACUCCAGCCCCUCUCCUUGCAAGAGAUCCAACAGCAUGUCAGAUGAUGAACAGGAAAGUGGAUGUGAUACAGUGGAUGGUUCCCCAAGCUCAGACUCCUCAGGACACGACAGCCCCUUUGUGGAAAAUGGCUUUGUAGACAAUAACAAUAAAAAUAAGGAAGCAAGAGCCUCAGUUAACCCUGAAACCAAAUCAACUGUUUGCACAGUAGUGGUACCACCCAUGAGACUUGAAAACAGGUUACAUCUUGAGGAACAGAUGGUGAAUACAGAUGCUCCGUGCCAGCCACUGAGGAAGGGUCGCUCUGUCCUGGGGAGAUUAAACCAGUCUUGUGUGGUGGGGAGCCGUCAGCAGAAAGUGGCAUCAGCAUUCCAUCAGCACCAUGGCAACUUCAGCCAGGUCCAGCACUUCUCCUCGGGGCCUCAGGAGUGGAACAACGGCAACUUCGCCCCGCGCCGCCCGCAGCAGCCCCAGCAGCAGCAGCAGCAGCCUUUCCUGGUGGGCACCGUGGCCAGCCACGCCUUCUCCCUGCCCCAGGGCAGCCCCAGCCACCUGCCAGGCAGCUCCCACCUGGCUGGGCAGCCCACCUUGCUGCCCUACGCCUCCCCGGCGCCCGUGGCGCACCUGCUGGCCUCGCCCUGCGCGUCGCGGGCGCUGCUGCAGCACCCGCCCUACGGGCUGAGCCACCCGGGCAACGGCAUCGUGCACCAGGUGCCCGUGGGCAUCAACCCCCGCCUGCUGCCCUCGCCCAGCCUGCAGCAGACUCAGUACAAAGCCCUCUUCCCGCCCCACUCGUACGUGGCCGCCUCGCCCGCCGCCUACGCCGCCUUCCCGCUGAGCCCCAGCAAGCUCGGCCAGUACCCCUUCAUGUGAGAGCUCGCCCCUGCUCAGGAGCUCUGGCCGGAGAAGGAACGUGGUGUUUGUUACGUAUUUAGCCAUGGCACAACAGGAAAAUUAUUUUUUUGAAUCAUGUAGACUUGGGUGCAAUUUAAACAACUCUGAGCUUUAAAAAAAAAACAAAAAAAAAAAAAACAAAACAAAAAACAAACUCACUUUUAAUGUGUUUUGCACAUUUGGUAUAACUUGUCUUUGGUCAUGUUAUCUUCUUAUAUAGUAACUUUAGACAGGUGACUUAUGGGAGCAGAAAUCUGGUUUUGCUCCUGCUAUUUUUUAUAAAAUUGCCUUCUAACUAGUGCAAGACACGUCUACAUUUGGGAAGCCAUUCAGUGUACAGAACUAGAGCAACAGAUGCACAUGUGUCAGCAGUACAGGUGUGGAAGUAAACUCGUUUGUGUUGCGUAUCUUGGUGUUUAAAUGUUGAGUCACUUAUCUAAAAGUUGAGCUGUUGUUCUUCACAUUGCAUGUGUCUUUUGCAUGGGCAAAGAAAAGGCCUAAACAUUGCUCUUAAAUGUUGUUGUCCUAAUAAUCUCAGCUGCAUUGUAAACUGUUCCCACACAUAGUGCCUUAAAUAUUUGAGGUUGUUAAUGUUAUUACUUAUAUAUAAAUGUUGAGGACUGCAGCACUUAAAAAUUCAGAUCUGCUGAUUUUUUGAUAGCGUAAUGCUCAUUUUGGGUUUUGUGUGGUAUUAUUUUAGUAUUGGGUGUAUUUUCCUGAUUGAGAAGGCAGCAUGUUUUGCUGUAGCUGAAUUUUGCUGUCUUUUUUUUCCCCCCCAGAAUGAUCUAGCUUCAAGACAGGACUUUAGUAGUGCUUAAGGAAAGUUGAUUCAGUAGCUAUUGAGUAGAAACAUGCAAGACAGUAUUUCAUACUGGUAAAUGGAACUGCAAUACGACCUAAGUAGUUUAUUUUAAAAGUGUUUGUCUAAUUGGACAUAAUAAAAUGUUUAGAGGUGAGGUAGGCAUGACUGACUAGCUAAUGAAAGGAGAAGCCAAGUGCUCGUUGAUCCAUGAUGUGGUUUCAUCUUAGCUUGAGCAAACCAUGCAGUAUUUAAUAACUAGUAGCAGAAUAUUUACUGUUGAAGCUUGAAAAAGAUGUGAGUUCUUUGUGUGCAAUCUUUCAUUUAUGCAUGGGAGAGAUUUUAGUCUUUUUACAUGAAUAGUAUUUGUUUUAGCCUGUUGUGGGUGUUUGCUUAUUUAAUACAUUCCGUCAGGGACGUAAAUUACAUGCUUUUUGCAUUAUUAUUAUUAUUAUUUUUUUUCUCUCCUUAGGAAGUGUGUCUUUUCGUUUUUUGUUUUGUUCAAAUGAAGUUGCUUUUGCAGCACCAAAGACUUAAUCAUCCAUUUCCUAUAAAAGGUAGCUACUUUUUCAUAGACCUCAAGUAUACUGUAGUGUAGAGAUGGGAUUUAUGGAAGGUAUUAAGCUGAGGCUGUGUUUUAGCUUAUGGGCAAGUAAUAAAUUGUAUCAUUUAUCUUGAAUGUAUCAUAGAUAAGCUGCUAUAUAAUGAUUGCCACUUCAGAUAGCUGUGAAAUUAGGUGAUUAACUAGUUCUUUCUUAGCCUUCUAAUUUCUGUACAAGUCUAAUUACAUGAAAUAGAAGCUGGGGUUUGGGUUUGGUUUAUUUUAUUUUUUUUUAAUUUUUAUUUUGUUUUCAUGUUUGAAGUGUCGUAACUACUAUACUGUAAAUGAUGGAAGAUGAUUGCAUAUGUUUUUUUGGGGUGUGUUAUUUGCAUCAGUAUUUUAUCUCCAUUAACUUUGAGCUCAUCACUGCAUAUAAGUGGAUGUAUUAAUGUAACUUAAUUUUUUUAUGUUUUCAUAUUGGCAUUGUGUAGACACUUAAGAAGCUGCAUCUUGCAGGCUUGACUUAACUUUUUUUAAAACAAAAUCUGGAAUACAAUCCUUGCAAUGUUGACUGGAAUAAGAGUGCAAAGCAUUUGAGUUUAACUCUGUCAAUAAGCUAAUAACUGGUAAUCUUUUUCUUUACUCCACUAACACAAGCAGUGUUUUAUUUAAUGAAUGUCUGAAUGAAAUAAAUGUGCCUACAUUUGAUUUAUUUUUUAAGUAAUAACUAAAAUACAACAGUAUUAGAACAAAAAAAAAAAAAGAGAAAAUACCAGCAGUACAUUUUUAAUCACACUGAAAAUUAAGAAACGUAAUUUUUCCCAAAACUUUCAAUGUUUUUAGUAAUCAACUCUAUGCAUUUUGUACAAGUGUGUGUGUAUAUAAAGUAUACAUUAGCAACUUAGGAGUAUCCUGAUGAAUUUGAAAUCUUACCAACAUGUACGUAAAGCCUAAACAUGGGGAGUCAAAUUGGAUGUCCACCUUUACCACUUCAAACUCGUGCUGUUUUUCUGUUCACUCCCUCUUUUUGGUGCUCACUCCAUUGCAGGCAAUGGAUGCACCAAGAACCACCAAUGCAAGCAGAGCACAUUGAUUUUUGUAUCCUGGUAACAAAAACCAAACAAACAACAAAAAAACCCCCUGCUUUUUCUUUUUUUUUUUCUUUUUUUUUUUUUUUCCUGGGGCCACGGGGAUCAUCAUGGGUCUGAUGUAUUUUCUGUCCUUUCUUUUUACUGUGCUUGAGGUUUGGUGCUUGUUGAAUUGACACGGUCCUCUGUGUAUCACCCCCACAGUGUCCUGCCCUCUGCAGGGAAGGGUUGCUGGAAAUGCUCCCCCAAAUUAGAUCUGCUGCUCUUUCUUUGUAUUGUAAUCUUAGAAAUGUCUGCAUUUCAAAGAAUGAAAUAUUUUGGGGGGAUCCUGUCACAGCCUAAAUUCAACACCCCAGGUGACUUUCCCCCCUCCUCCCGCAAUGUACUCUGAGAGAACAGACUCUUGUCACUGCAAGUGUCUGGGGCCCAUCUGCAGAAAAAAAUAAAAGCUUUCAGGGUGAGGGUCUUUUCUGUGAAAAAAGUCAUCCUCUGAGAAGCGUUUUUACACAAUACCGUUUUAAUGCCUUUUUUAAAUAAAACACUGCAUGACUAUGGAAUUGCAUAUCUGCAUAUUACUUUAAUUUGCAAGGUUUUAUAUGAUGAAUUUCUUGUGUUCAGUUUUUAACUUCAGGGUGUUUUAUUGGUCAAAUAUGCUACUGUAUUAACUCCUCUUUUUUUUGUUUUAAUUUUUAAAUUUUCUGUUUUUACUGCUAAUUAAUGUGGUUUGUGUUAAGUAAAAGUUAAAUCACACUGCAAGCUGUAGGAAGACUUGUUCUAGAAACACCCAGUGAUAGAGACUUGAUUAAUGAGGUUGAACUGUUACUGUUUAACAAUUUGUAGACUUGUGGCUUUUUUUUUGCUUUGGAUUUCUCUGCUACACUAGUUGGCCAUGUAGCAAUUGCACUGUGCAAUAUUACAAUAUGAGGACUGGGAAAAUUUUUUAUGGAUGUAAUGUCUCUUACAGUUUGCGAUAGUAUUUCUUUCUAGUUCUCAGUGAUUUAAAUGUGACCAAGCCUUCUGUACUUUGUCACAAAAAGCGGGUUUUCCAGGUGACUAUUUUGGUGAGUGUCAAAAUAAGAAUUUAUGGUGUAUUACUGUCAAGAUUCACUUUGAAUUAAAAUAUAUAUUGCAGCAGA